CAAUAAUUGAAUUGGAAAUUGCAUUAUUUUUCAACAAUGAUUUUGUUGUUAAUUUUAUGAAUUGAAUUCAUUCAUUUCCUGAAAUGGAAUUGACCCCAACCCUUCUACUAACUCAAUAAAAUGUACUCUACUGUACAGACUGUACACAUAGACUGCUAAAUGACAGAGCCUGAAGACCCAUUAUUCCAUUCAUUGAAGACUUGUAUUGUUUUCUCCAUAAAGACUGAUAGGUUGGGAGUACGGAGUAGACUGUCACAUCUGAGCACAGACUCACAUGAGCACACACAUCUACCGGAGAAGGCAGGGAUCCUGAACAAAACCAGGGUGGCCGACAAUGGGAAAAGAAUUAGGAAGAAUUGGAGUCAGUCAUGGACAGUGCUGUAUGGAGGCAUCCUCACGCUUCACAAAGACCCAAAAUCUGCACCUCGGGAAACUCUAACAAGACCAAUCAGAUCACCCCCAGAGUACACAGUGGAGCUGCGGGGAGCCACUGUGGGCUGGGCCCCAAGGACAAGUCCAGCAAGAAGAACACUGGAGUUGAAGACGCGCCAUGGGUGUGAGUACCUGGUCCAGUAUGACACAGAGAGCAUCAUUUGUGACUGGCACAAGAUCAUACUGGACACCGUCAGACACCUGGACCAAGAUCACUUGUCGGAAGAGGAAGAGGAGGAGCCUAUGGAGAAAUCUCCACUUGCUUCAGACAGAGACAAGAGGACCAGCUCCACCAAAAUUACGCCAGGCAUCAGUGCAGAGUCAUCAGAUCAGGGGCGUGUCCGCACCAAACUACGCAAGUUCCUCCAGAGGAGGCCCACACUGCAGUCAGUGAAGGAGAAGGGCUACAUAAGAGAUAAUGUGUUUGGUUGUCAUCUGGACACCCUGUGCCAUCGAGAGAACAGCACUGUGCCCAGGUUUAUGGAGAAAUGCAUCAGGGCAGUGGAGAUUAGAGGUCUGGACAUUGAUGGGAUCUACAGAGUUAGUGGGAAUCUAGCUGUCAUUCAGAGACUACGCCACAAAGCAGAUCAUGGAAAAUCUGACCUGGAGGAUGGUCAGUGGGAGGAGAUCCAUGUGAUCACGGGGGCGCUGAAGCUCUUCCUGAGGGAGCUGCCUGAACCUCUCUUCCCUUACAGCUUCUUCGAUAAGUUUAUCGCUGCCAUCAAAAUCCAGGACUAUCCCCAGAAGGUGUCGUACUUCCGUGACCUGGUGAGGUCUCCUCUGCCCAACCAUGACACCAUGCACCUCCUCUUCAAACACCUCCUCAAAGUGAUUGAGUUUGGUGAAAAGAACCGUAUGUCAGUCCAGAGUGUGGCCAUCGUGGUUGUCACGCUACUCAGGCCCCAGACUGAGUCGGCCAACAUCACUGUUUACAUGGUCUUCCAGAACCAGAUUGUGGAGCUCAUCUCAAAGAAACAUUGA